AUAAACAUAAAAAUAUCUAAGAAAAUAUGUAAAUGUGAUUAAUGAAUGAACAAAACAAAAACAAAAAAAUCUCCCCAAAAAAUUCGUGGAUGUAAAAAGAAGAAAAAACAAAAAAAAGAAAUUCCAAUGCGCAGAAGCACAAGCCAACGAUCAGUUAUUGUAAAUUGUUUUGUUGGAGCAGCAGUGUAAAAGGUGGGUGAGGUACUGCUCUGUGGUGUGUGUAAUAUGGUGGGUGAGCUUGUGUGUUAAAGUAGUUUUCUACAAAAAAUCUUGUGAGUAGAUCACCACAUAAACAAACUGAAACACUUGUAAGGCUUUUGCUCGCUGGAACCCUGGGAAAAUUGCAUUACACUGAGUCGAAGAUAUUGUACUUUAAGUAACAAUUAUAAUAAAAAAAUAACAAAAAAUUCUAAUUAGAAAAAGAAAGAAAACCGUUGUCUAAGCAUAAAUUAUAUUUACAGAAGAAAAAGUGUGGAGAGAAAAAGUUACAAGUGUUAUUACAAUAAACGGUGAAAAUAAUAAUGAACUUUAUUGCAUUCGAGUGAUUCCAAAGUCAAUCUAAUAACUACAACAACAACAUGUUAACUUUAUUAAGUGAGUGUCAUUUUUGGACAACCCGCGAAGAUGUGCGCAUUAAACACACUGACUUUGGUGCCUUUCGCUAUACACGCAAUCGUGAAUUACAACACAUGGCUCUGGAUUAUUGUGCGGAGGCUAAACGUGACUAUACAGAGCGUCGCAAUGGUUUGACUGUUUUAAAGAAUUCCCGUAAAUCUCGCAUGGGAAGACUGAAAGAUAAUCUUAAACGUUUGGAAGAGCUUAUGCGCACUUCGAAAGUUGUACGCAUUCACUGGACUGAUGGUUCACAGGUUUUGUUACUAUUUUCUAAUGGUAUUAUAGCUCACAUUUGUAUUGAUAUGUUCACCGGUGAUAUAUCGCGUAUGGUCUAUGAAAAAUAUUUGGUGGGAAAAUUGGCUGCUGACACUAUAACCGAUGCUUUUUUUACACGUUCUCACAUUGUUUUGGCCUACAACACAAAUCAAGUGACAGUUGUACAUCUGCAAAAGCCCAAUGCUCGAUCCCAAGGUCCAGAGAAAAUAUCCCAUAUGGAACCGAAAAUAUUUCAUGCCAUUAUACCGGGAGCAGCUGAAAGGAAAAUAGCUCGACGUCUUAGUGUUAAUACUACAUUUGAUAUGUUUGUUAUAUGGACAAAAUCAUCACAAAAUGAAGUAUUUCCUUGGCGGCCAACAAUGAGAGAUCAGGAUCGUGCUAAUAUUCAUGUUUUUAAACUAAAAGGCAACCAAUUGGAUUUUUUCGCUUAUUGUUGGUCGGAAAAUGAUCCUUUACAUGUAGACUUUUUGCGUUCCACAGAAAAUCAAAUAUUAACAUUGGAACAGAAAAUCUCUCGCAAAGGUGAAAUAACUGCCGAAGUUUGUUCUUAUGAAAUUGCAGUGGGCAAAAUGCUAAGAAGUCCUUUGUCCUCUAUACCUAUGGGCACACAGAUAACUACAUAUGCUUUUAGUCCCGAUCAAGAGAAAUUAUUUUUAGGAACUGUGGAUCGUAACAUAUGCCUGCAUGAUUUGGUAAUGCAGACUACGAAAUGUGUGGCACAAAUUGAUAUUAUUCCCACACAAUGCUCCUGGCACAGUGACUCAAGUAUGAUAACCAUCGCCAAUACAAGAUCACAAUUUGAAUGUUUUGAUCUAGCCUUGACACCGAUUAGCAAUCAACUGCAAAGUGAAGAUGUUACACCAACAAACCUCUUGGAUUUAUCUCACUAUUUUGCCACACAACCUACUCUAUUGCAAAUUUCCUUUAGUCGUAAACCCGAAAUUGGUCACAGUUCAAAUACCUAUGCUGGCACAGAUUGUUUUCUAUUAUUACUUUACGAUCAAGGACCAAUCGGUUGCUUACGUUUUUUUGCUGGUGCUGGUAUGCGUGGCGAUAUACAUAACUCGGGUCUAACAGCUGAUGUUAUCCUCGACAAGUAUUUAGCUCUUAAUCAGUUGGAAAAGGCAGUAAAUUUAUUGAAUGCUUUAAAUUGGGAAACUUAUGGAGCUAUGUGUCUAAUAUCUCUACAUAAAAUAGCAAAUCAUGUUUUUUACAAGUGUGAUCAAAGGCGGGUGCGUAUUGAUUUGAUGGCAAAAGCUUUGAAAACAUUCACCGAUUCUUUAACCGAAGAAACAAAAGAUGAAUUUAGUGAUCAAGUUUUUGAUUUAAAGCGAAGAUUUUUCUUUUUUCUAUUAAGACGUAAUCAAUUUGCUGAAGCUUUUGAAGUGGCACAAGACAUUGAAGAUUAUGACUUAUUUAUGGAUCUCUUUAAUAUUACAAAAUUUGAUCCGAAUCUAGUGGAAUUCUCGGCUGCCUGUUUCAGUCAAGCAGCUGCCAUUCUUCACGAAGAAGACACAGCCAAUGGUAAUCUUAGUACAGCAAGUGAACUUCGUUCCGAAUCAGCUUGUUCGCAAUCGACUAUAUCGGAUAAUACUAAUCGCAGUAGACUUCAGCAACAACAGCAGCAACAUCAAAAAUUUCUCAAAAACUAUGUACCACCUUUGCCAUCAUUCAAAUCAAAAGUUUUUAAUGCUGAAAUGAUUAAAAUUAAUAUACCAAAACCCGAAUUACGUUUGGAUAGUUGUUCUAUACAACAGGAAAGAAGUAGACCACCACCACCACCUGUGCCGGAUAAAAAACAAAUAAAACUUAAUCCUACUACAAUAUCAGCCUCAACAUCAAUUGCCUUAAGCAGUAAUUUGGCUAAUUUAAGCCUAAAAAGUGCAGUCUCAAAUUCAACACAUCAUCUGAAUACGAAUGGUUUUAAUGCCAAUCCCCAGUGGGCAGAUCUUAAUGUGUCUUUAAAAAAUUCUCCCAUUAAAUCGGCUUUUGUACCUCAUUUUAGCACAAAUAAUUUAGUAACAAAAACAAAUUCAGCCUCUUUGCAUUCGAUAAAUAAUAAUGUUUUACAGCCCUCGUCAUCGACUUCAUCAGCAUCGUAUUCAUAUCUUGCCUCACCGAUUAUAAUAAGUGAUAAUCAUGCGAGUAUAGCUACGCAACGUACAUAUCAACAACCUCCCGCCCCCAUAGUACCUAUUAAUUCCUAUCAACCAAAAUUUUUUCAACAUCCGCUUGUAUCGGGUAAUAUUCCCUCAACAGGCACUACAUCAUUAGCUCCCUAUAGUAUAUCGAAUGAAGAGUAUCAAAAGGUUUUGCUAAGUAAAAAACCAACUGCUUCGAUACUUUCGAACGGUUCAGCUGCACAAAAUGGUAGUAAUACAUCUGUUCUGAGUGGCAAUAGUGGCCAAAAUGGGAAUAUAAAAGAUGGUAAUAAACAUUCCAAUGGGGAGAAGAAUAAAGUAAAAUUUUCCGAUACCGUACAGGUGGCUGUUGUACCGGAAAUACCCCGCAAAGAUAAACUCCUUAUUAAACGUAAUGGUUAUGCUAGACCUCCACCACGAAACUUUACUAAUCCCAAAAAGGAAUUACAAGAUAGUUUACCACUUUGUCACCCAAACGAUGAUUAUUUAAAGGAUUUUAAUCCCUUACCAACAGCAGAACCACCACAAAGAAUCGCAAAUAGAAUUAAUAUUAGAGAAGAACACCAACAAAUCAUUAACAAAACUAACACCAACACCAAUUCCUCAACUCCCAAAACCACAACAACUACUACACCAUCCAUUAAAGUAGUACACUUUGGUGUAGUCUAAUUGUA